CCCUCACUUACUUCCGGUCUGUCACACUGCGCGCGUACCCGCUUCUACAGUGAAAGCCGAGCUGAUCCUCGGGUAGGCGCACGUGCCCUCUCCCUCCCCAGCUUAGACGGGUACGCGCAGAGCUGUGUGCUCGUGCACAGGGCUCUCCUAUCUCCCGGUGAUUGUUGGGUGCCUGGCGGGCUGUAUCCCAGACACUGAGUUCUGCUCAGCCUGGUACCAUCUGCAGGUAAACUCAUGGGUUUGUAGGACAGUCUGUCACCCCUGGGCUCUGCACUGUGUCACUAAUUGGCUGCUGAGAUGGGGCUGUACAGUGUGCAUUUCCAGAAGCACUGUGGUUUCCUGGACACAUGUCUGGUAGUGAUAAAGAUGGACAGCUCAGGAAAGAUGCUGCCAUGCAAUAUGGGGAGAAAUCAAGGCAGUCAUUGAGGAAUCAUGCAGCAUAUGAAUGCCACAUACUGCAAGAACAAAAUUUUCACUUGCAUUAUGUAUCCUUGAAAACAUGGUGGUUCUUGCAAACCUAUCUAUAAAAGUGUCAGACCACCCCAUUUUCAAUUAAUUACAUGGUGCUUAUUCAGUGAUUGGCUUGUGUAGACUAGUAAUUCAUAUGCAUGGUACUAUAACUGUGUGUGUAUAUAGAAAGUGACUGUGAAGAAUUUUAAGUGGCUCUGUCACAUCACAGUUACCUUUCCAUAAUCAAUUAUUCUUCUCUUGUCUCUCCUGUCUCUUAAUACAUUUUUAUUUUCUGUUCUAUUUUUCUUCAAAUACAAAAGUAGGGACCAGUGUUAAUUUUGUCAGCAAAUUUCAAUUUAGUUUUAGUCAUAGUCUUUUGACUAAAAAGCUGUUUGUAGCUGAGUAGAAGUAUUUACUGGCAGACUCAAUCAGCAUUCAAGAGAAGCGUAGCUCAGCAAUUCCCAUUCCAAUUUUCCAACAACCGGACAAUACACAGCUUUGGGAGUCAACUGGUUUUUAUUGAGCCACAGCUGGCUUUUAUACGAUUCCCCAUGCAACGGGUUUCUUUAAUUACAUUCCAAGGGUUUUCCCCUGGUGGACCUUGUUGGGGACAGGGAACAAUGACACAUUUCCCAGGCUCCUUUUCUAUACUUGGAAGAUAAUUGCAUAAGGACAAUUCUUUAAUUAGAUUAUCUCCCAAGUACAGAAAAUUAAACAAUAUUUUAAAACAUCAUAACUGCCAUAAUAUUAAUCAGAACUCCACGAAUACACUUUACCGAAUAGCCGGGAUUUGGAAGCCCAAUCUGUCGAAAUACCGCUCAGAUCCGUUUGGUAAAACAGGAAUGCCAUUCGAGUAAAGUUUCGACCGGUCAACCACGAGGUGAAGCCCCAAAACAGUUCCAUGAGGUGGAAUGCUUUGACCAGUCUUCUUUCAAGAGUUUUCACUAUUAAAAUAACAAAUCAAAAUGUUCAUGAAUUGGGUAGUUGUGUGCCUGAUGUUCAUUCGUUCAAUUCAGUCGAAUGCCGCUCUUUCUAGACGAAGGGAAAUGAACAUACGAACAGGAUGGAAGUACAGCGGUGUUCGUGCGGUCGAGUGUCCGAUUAUAGUUCCAUGCACUCGACAACCAAACACCGCUGUGCGUUAGUGAGCAAAGAUGGCCGCCACCACGUGUUCAGUCAUACAAACGGCGGCCACCCAUCUGACCAUUUAGAACCUUGCGGUUUUCUGAUGUUACAAUAGCUAAUUGGAGGCACACGACUCCCUUGGGUGGUUUCCUCAUUCGGUGGUUGGUUCGACUGACGAACAAUAUGUCCAUAUUCUGUUCGGGAACCUCAAAUAGUCGAACCAACUCUUUCAUACAAAUAAGUGGCUAGUUUUGCCACACUGUUUUAGUCGUAUUUUAGCCAUCUGAAUUGUUUAUUUUUAAUCUAGUUUUAAUCGACUAAAUCUCCAGUAGACUUUAGUUGACUAAAUCUGCUAGAGAUAUUAGUCAACAUGACUAAAAUAUAAUAGGUUUAGUUAAAGUCUUGAUCUGUCUCUUUUGCUCCUUCCCCAUCUCCUCUGUGUCUCUUUGUGUCCUCCUAGCCCCUCUUGGUGUCUCUCUCCCAAGCCCUGGUCUUUCUCUUUUGCCCCUUCCACAUAACCUCUGUGCAGUGUUAAUUUUGUUGGCAAAUUUAGCUUUAGUCUUUUGACUAAAAUGCCAUUUUAGUUUUAGUCGUAUUUUAGUCAUCUGAAUUGUUUGUCGACUAAAUCUCCAAACUUUUAGUCAACAAAAUUAACACUGGUACAGACUACUUUGUCCUAUGUAUUGUUCCUCUGCUUGGCAAAACUUGACAAAGGGUGAAUUUUGCCAGAAUUCUUACCUGCCUGAUGCUUCGCCUGGUGUCAUAUCUCGCAAAUCUCCCAUGAUCAUUGGAAAAGAGUGAGCAGUGGGCAUGCAGGAGAUCGGGAGUACACUGAAGAGGAAGCAAAGAUGCAAUGCCACUGUCAGGUUGAGGAAGAUUGUAACGACUGGGAAGAAGAUUGGCAGAGCCCAUGAAAGAGCAGCUUUAACCCCUUGAACCCAAAAGGCAGCAGUUGCCCAGAGCACCAGCCUUGCAAAGACUUCUCAUUGAGCUGCAUUGGGAAGUCUGUGAUUAGACAGCCACAUACAUUCUGGCGGGCUUAGAAGAGGAGGGCUUGCAAAGGCUGCAGACAAUAGAACAGCAGUUUUUAGAUAUAACUCCAAUGAAAAAAUGCAUAAUUAAAUGCAUGUAAGAUUUCUUUUGGGGUAUAUCUACUAAACAGUGAUUUAAAAAAAACCAUGUAUUUUGUAUUUGGGCAGUAGAGUGUCUCUUUAAAUAGAAUGACUGCCCAUGCAGUUAAAAUAACCCGACUUGCCUUUUGUGUAUAAGCAAACACUCGGUUAAAAUUUAAAUAACAGAAUGCCUUUGACUGCCGUUCUGUAUUUAUUGAAUAGAGUGAAUAGACCAUAUAGUGUUUUUAUUUGUCCACCCCAAAAAAAACCAUUUUAGAUGCACGUGACUGUCCUGUCAUUAAUAUCAAGUAUUUCAUGGAUGUCUUCUACAUGUUAUGUAAACUAUCCAAAAUAAAUAAAAAUAUAUAUUUUUUAAAUUAAAUUUUCUAGAGAACAUGAAUACGAUACUCCACUGUUUGCAUCUAUUUCCUUCCCAUCUUUUAUUUAUUUAUUUUAAAGUUCUCCUUUGAAACAAUUUGCUACUGGGAUGGUCACUUCAGUGCUCUAGGGUUGGUAGAAGUACAAGUCUCAUAAUUUGUCAGUCCUGAGACUUGCAAAGUAUCAUGGGAGUUAUUGCUGUCACAUCUAAUAGUCUACCUCUUGACUACCCUUGUUGGAUACUUAGGCUUAUUCUGUUUUCAAAUUCAAUGUGCUUAUUUAAAAUACUGUCCAAUUCUUACCCUGUUUGCAUCUUUGUCUCCUAGAAGCUGGUUAUUUUGAAUGUUCAAUCACACAAUAUGAGCUUCCUGCUGCCCAAAUUGAGCUAUAAAGCUGAUGUGGAUAAAGCAAUAAAAACGACAGCUGAAAAGGUCUUAGUCCUUCGAUUUGGAAGAGAUGAUGACCCCAUCUGUAUGCAGCUUGAUGACAUUGUAAAUAAGUUACCAAGAGGUUUUAUAAAAAUAAAGUCGCUUGCAUCAUCAUUUGGAUAUAAAAUAUAUCUAUCUUUUUUUUUUCCUUCAGCUUUCAAAGACAUCACAUGACCUUAGUAAAAUGGCGAAUAUUUAUCUUGUGGAUGUGGAAAAAGUGCCAGUCUACACCCAAUACUUUGAUAUCAGCUUCAUUCCUUCUACUGUAUUCUUCUUUAAUGGGCAACAUAUGAAAGUGGAUUAUGGGUAAUCAUUUUUUAGAUGUGCAAUGUGUGCUAUUUUCCUAUUUUUUUUUUUUUUUUAGCUAUGUCCACAUGUCCUGGAGAGCGCAUACAUUGUUACACAUAAUAUGAGACAUAUACUGCACUAUAAUAGAUACACAGUUUAUCAUACAAAAGACAUGCACAACAGAAUUAUAAAUUAACCAUGAGUGCAGUUGCUUUUUGAUUGAUGGUAAGUAGAUGCAAAUUUACUUAGUGUACUCUCUGGUAGAUUAUUCCACACAUUUGGCACGGAGUAGGAGGAAGCAACACAACCAACAUCCUUUUUUAAAAGGAAAAUGAAAAGUAAGGAGCAGGAGUUAGCAUAUUACACUGAUAGAGUGGGAGUUUUCCAGAAAGGUGAAGAGUAAGUCUAGAUUCUAGAAUUGGCAAUUUAAAUGGGUACUGUAGUUACAUUAGAGAACAACAUACUUUUAAUUAUACAACAUGUUGGGUUUGGUGAGUUGUCUUUACAGUGCAGGUGAAUGCACUACACCCCAUAGUCUAUGACUGACGUUAAAGCAGGGCUUGACAAAUUUGUUUGGAAUCUAGGAGCCAGCAAAAAAAGUUAGGAGCCAUUUUCUUUAAGGGACACUAUAGUCACUAAAACCACUACAGAUUAAUGUAGUUGUUCUGGUGCCCAUAGCCUGUCUCUGUAACCUUUUCAAUGUAAACGCUGCCUUUUCAGAGAAAAGACAGUGCUUACAUUGCUGCCUACUAAGAUCUCUAGUGACAGUCACUCAGACAGCCACUAGAGUCCUGUGUCAGUGCUCUACAUGGAGGCGCUGAAUGUUACCCAUAGAGAACAUACGUAAUAUCCUCCCAAUGCUUUCCUAUGGGAAAUCAUUAUCUUAGCUGAGAUCAUUAAGAUCUCGGCUAUGGAGGCGAGACAAGCAACAGCGAAACCAGAACGGCGUGGGGAAAAAAGGGUCCGGGGACGGAAAUACGUCAUAUUCUGGCUCCCGCCAUCAGUACACAACACGAGGGAGCAGAGAGGAGCUGCAGGAAGACUGUUCUCUCGCGCGCUGGCCCAGCCUGUCGCCUCCACACCUCUGUUUUUCCCUCUAUCCGAGUCCCAGCAAGGGUGUGAUGCUCUGUGGUGGUUUGAUGAAGUGCUUACUGCUCCUGUGAAGCCACGCCCAUUGCUAUUUAUUGUCUGAGAGUAUCAAUUUUGUGCAAUGAAAUUUGCACAGGACUUAUAUUCUGGGCUGGCUAGUGACAUCCCAAUGAAGGUACCAGAGCUGGACUUACCUCACUGGCAGCUAAGGGGUUAAACUUCAUAUGUUCAGAGUUUCAAAAUGAAACACUGCACAUACAGUCUUCAGGCACCAUGACCACUUCAAAUCACUAAAGAGGCCAUGGUGUUUGGAAUAAUACUUUAAAAUAUUAUGCAUAAUCCCCAUUUUUUCAAAUUUCAACGAUUGAGUGGCAUUAUUGUUCUGCCAAGAUCAUGGCAACAGAGUUAUUCACUAAACCAGGAAUCCUGGAGAACUGGAAAGAAAAUUGCAAACUGUAUGUCAAAAUACCAGAGUUUGGAGAAUGUUCCAAAUUCUUAUACUUUUGCCUAAAAUUUCCAAUGUCAUUGUUAUUUCUGCAUGUGUCCAAUUUAAUAAUACAUUUGUGACAUACCAGCAAAAAGUUAAGUUUGUGAAAUUAUCUUUCUUUGGGGAGGAUAGUGUAUGCAAUGGUUGAUGUUAGAGGAACACUUGUUAGGAAUACAUGCAGUCUGGAUAUGCCUACUUAGUUUUAGGCUCACCAAACGGUGCCCAAGAUUCCAAUUCUUCUGAUAAUUAAAAUAAAAAGUUUUGGGGUGAGAGAGGGGGUUAAGACUUAAAUGGGUAACACUGAAGGCACCAUGUGUACAGUACCUACAGUUUUCCUUUAAUAUUGCAUAUCUGCUGCUGCCUACAUAUGCCUGAUCUAGGUUACAAUUAUUAUUAUUAUUGCAAGUCUCUCACCAUUUACCACCCAUAUUCUGGAGAUGUUUAAAGGAAUUUUGUAUUAUUUGUGCACUAUAACCUACCAAUAAUAGUUAGAAGCAUGUCAUACUUCUCAAAUAUAUUGCUGUCAGGUAUUUGUUUGUCUCUUAUUUUCUCAGAUUUUAUAUGCAUUCUAACAAAUUUAUAAUCAAUGCAUUAUUUCAACAGUUCUCCUGAUCACACAAAGUUUGUUGGCAGCUUCAAGACAAAGCAGGACUUUAUAGAUCUGAUAGAAGUAAUCUUCAGAGGAGCAAUGCGUGGGAAACUAAUUGUGAAAAGUCCAAUAGACCCCAAGGAUAUUCCUAAAUAUGAUCUUUUGUACCAGGGAGUUUAGAAGACACAAGAUGAAUGAUGAAUAUUGACCUAACAUGAGAGAAGAUUAGUACCGCUAUAGUUACAUCGAGAGUGCAUACCAACCUGAUAAUCAACGAAGGUCCAGAAUAUCUUCUGUCUAAUGGAUACAGAUUGGAAUGCUUGACACCCUUUACUCAUUGCUGUACAACUGUAUCUCUGAACUGAACUAUUAGUUAUAAGGAUUUGUCAUGGCAUAUAGCUUGUUAAACAGUCUGAUUACAUAGAUUAUGUACUUAUAAACUCAGGAGUGUUUGACUUGUAUAUCAGAUUGUAUCUAUUUUUUAUGUUGGUUACAAUACUGCAUAAAAAAAAGAGUAAUUUGUUUAAAACAAAAGCAUAUUUUCAUCAACUUUGAAUGGUUAACUUGCCCCAUGUUGCACAAACACAUUACAAACAAGAUUGUUUUAUCUCAAGUUUGUUAAUCAAUGUUAUACCCCUACUUUUCAUAUGUUUCUACCAUGGACUAAAGUGUGAUUAUGGCACAGAUACAUUAUGCCCUUUAUACUGGUGGUCAUCUCCCUUUAUGGUUGAUGGAAUACAUUGAAUGCACAUGCCAGACCAAAUGUGAUCUGUUCACUCGGUUGCUCUGUUCUACCAAUGGUUUAUGUCCACUUCAGACAUUUCUGGGAGUUGUGUAAUGCUAACUCUAACUCACAGAAACCUGUGUAAUGAUUAUAUGUAUUUUUGGAGCAAAAAAAAGAAAACAUUGCACAAAAAAAAUAAAAUAAUGAAAUGGUCUGGGUGCAAUGUCUCAUGUCCCUUAACCCUAUUGUGGUUAUUAUUGUAGUUUCUGAUAAACUGAAAUAAUUACCUCUGAGGGUUAACUCCACCUCCAGUGGCUGUCUACUAGGCAGCCACUAGAGGGACUUCUUGAAUUGAAACGGACCAUUGGUCCGAUAUCUAACGUUGGACGUUCUCACACUCUGCAUGAGGACUUCCAGUGUCAGGUAUUUCCCCAUAGGAAAGCAUUGAAUAAGUUACGAGGGUGGCAGUGUUCCUUUAAAACUGACAAAACUAAAGUGGCAAAUGCCAAUUACAUCCUCAUUUUACUAAUCCCAGGAGUUGUAAUUGGAAUCUUGAAUGGUCUCUGUAACAUUUUGUUUGAAACAUAAUCUACCUAUGGAUAUGUAAAGCCCUGAUUUAUAUGUUCAGAUAGAAUCUUAUCAAUAUGAUUUACCAGAUAAAAAGUGCAACUUAAGUGCCAGUUAUAAGACAUGAUUUAUUAAUUCAUAAGAAAGAAAAUAAAGUCAACUGUGCUGAAGUUAAAGGGACACUCUAAGCACCAAAAUAACUUGUAUAACAUAACUUAAUGAAGCGGUUUUUGGAUAUUGAUCAUACUCCAAAAGUCUCACCACUCAAUUCUCUGCCAUUAGGAAUAAAAUCACUUUGUUUAUGCAGCCCUGGCCACACCUACACUUUUUGUAAUUUAGUAAAUCCCUGCACACUUCCUGAAAAAAAGCUCAAAUUAUUUCACGUCCCUUAUUGCACUGUGGGUUUAAUUUAGAAUUUCCACUGCCCAUAAAGAUGCUGACAUUUGGUUAAUGAAUGGGACAAGGAAGCUAUAAAAUGAAUCUCACUGAGAAAGUGAAUGAUAUUCUGUAUGAAUGUAAUCUGAAAUAUUAAGAAAUACAAUAAGAAAAUAAAACUAGUUUUGUCUGUAUGUACGUAAAAGGAAAUUGAAUUGCCUUUUUAUUUAUGUUUUCAUUGUAGUGCACACAAAGUUCUAGACAUUUUGUGAAUAAUGCAUAACACAUACAAUGUGUAUUUUCUACUAUCAGUAUAUUUUUGGAAUUUUUUUAAGUUCUUGUAUGAAUUCAUAGCCCCUUUGACUCUAUUGAUUUUUAUAAAUAAACUGUUUAAAUUGAUUGUCUUUUCUUUGAAGCACUUCGAGUUAACAUUGUUCUUGAUGGGAAGGUUACACUUCUUCGACUUUUUGAGGAUCGGCCAAGAAAUCUGAAAACGGACUGGAGUGCAUUAUAGGGUGCUAGGUCGUGGUUUUCUGUUCCAGCUGAUACUUUGUGACAAUCAAAUUUUCUUAAAGUGCCUAUAGGUCUGUCUAGAGGUUUGAAACUAACAACCCAGCUUCUGCAGUUUGUACGCAUCCAAUUCAUUACUUUAGGGUCUGUUCUUGCUUGAUGCUCAGUAUGGUGGCUGGAGUCUAUGAAUGCUACCGCACUUACUUUGCUCAUCACCUCUACACUUUUCUUGCACAAGAGAUCAAGAAAAACCAACCCACCAUAUCCAUGUGCAAUAAAAGCUACAUUAGUAGCAGCACUUUUUGAAAUGAAAUGGUCCCAGACAUAGCUAGUGUGCUCCUCUGGAGAGCUACAUCCUCUUUUUGGAAUGAAAGCCUUCUUGUGAACAUGAGAUGUAUGUAAAUCACAGAAUUCAGAUUCUUCUUCCUUUUUCACAAUUAUCUGGGUUUCUUCUUUCAUCUCUAAAAAGUUGUCAUUGGGAUUCAAUACUAUCACAGACAUGUGGUCCCUUAUGGCAGUCUUAAUAUAUGGAAUUUGUGUACCUUUUUCUAAAGAGUGAUGGAAUAUUGCUUUUUGCCCCCACUGACCAGCACGAAUUACCCCUUUGUCUUGAAGAAGAACAAGUAGACUUGUCUGCAUACUUAAUAAUUCUUUACUCAUGAAAAAGAAUGACUUUGGUUCGUCAUCACUGGCAUCAGUUGGAAUUUGAAUGCUUUGUAGGUCGCACUCUUUCUCCAGAAGUUCAUACACAUGAAGAGUAAUCAUAUCUCCAAGAAUCUUAUACCGUUUGUGGUUUCGGUCAUAUCCAUUUUUGUAGAAGUUGUAUAGAAAGGGUUUCUUGGUAAUCAUAUGCCUGAGCUCUCCUUGUUCAUUGAAAUAGUACUGCAAGUCUUCUAAACUUUCGGAGAUACCAAGACUUUCUCUGAAUCUCAACAAUCCUUCCAUUGUAACUGAGUAAGAAGAAAACCAACUCUUAGUGAAAGAAGUAACAGUACAAAC